CCGGACGCACCGAGCUGUCUUUGUGUGCCCGGCCGGAGCGGCACUGAGGAGAUUCCGGUAUAUCCUCAUCAUUUAUUGGAUGGGGUACAAGAAACUUUUUCACAAGUGGAAGAGUUAACAAUAGUGAGAGGUGAAGAAUUAAAGCAGUGGACCGGGUAUCCCUCACAAGACAAGAAAGUAAAAAUGGGCAUGCGGAUCAAGCUAAACAGUAGUGAUCACCCCAACAAUUUGUUACGGGAGCUUAACAAAUCACGCUUGUCACAGACACUAUGUGAUGUUACCAUUGUAGUAGGAAAUCGCUCUUUUGCAGCUCACAAAGCUGUGUUGGGCUCUGCAGCAGCCUAUUUCCAAAAAUUAUUUUUGAGCACUGAGCUGGACAUAGCACGUACAUAUGUGGUGGACUUUAUCACACCGACAAAUUUUGAGAAAGUGUUGAGCUUUAUUUAUACGUCUGAGCUAUUCACAGACCUUAUUAAUGUUGGUGUUAUUUAUGAAGUGGCUGAGAAGCUUGGCAUGGAUGAUUUAUUGAGGGCUUGUCAUGCAACUUUUCCUGAUCUGGAAAGCUCCUCAGGACAGAAGAACCAGUGCUCUGUUUCCUCUAGUGAAGGUCGCACAAGUACUUUAAGUUCUGCUUCAACAGAGCAAAUCCAAGUAGAUUCAAAAGGCAGUGGGUUGGAUAACCAUCAACAGAAUACAGAUAAGACAUUUGUUGGCCAAACAGAUGGAACUAGUGGCUUUAAAGGAGAGGACAUAGAUGUGAAUUUGAACCAAACCCAGAAUUUCCCACUGACAGCAAAAACCGAAGAGCAAAGCACUUCUGGGACCUAUCAAUCCUCUCAAUGUUCAGUAAAUGCAGGAUUUGGUCCAACAAGUACAAGCCAAUCGUAUAAAAUUCAGCAUAAUGGAGAAUACAACAAAAAUAGUUAUUUCCCUGGGGACAGUUCUGUGAGCGGAAACCCCAAAGAAUCUACUGGAGGGUUUGAUCCAAUGGGAGAUCUGCACUUGGAUGAACUUGAAGAGGAAGAGCUACAGUUUGAUGAUGGUGGAGAAGAGGACUCUGGGCCUUCUGGAGAAAUUAUAGAACUUAGUGAUGGCAGUGAGGAUGAGCUGCUCUUGUUUGGACAGAGUGAUGGCCGAAAUAGUAAAGCUAUGCCUUGUCAAGUGUGCAAAAAAGUACUCGAACCCAACCUGCAACAUAUCCGACAACAUGCACGUGAACACGUGGACCCCCGUACUGGCUGUUGCAAAGUGUGUCAGGCCCGUUUCCAUGAUCGUGGCGCUAUGAUUACUCAUGUCCUGUCUCAUGUUGGGAUAUUCCUUUUUUCCUGCGAUAUGUGUGAAGACAAGUUUUUCAGCCAGUGGCAACUCACUCUUCACAGAGGACAAGAAGGGGCAUCAUCAGAGCACAAUAUUAUUAUUCACCCAGGUCAACCACUUCCAGGUGAAGUGAACACUUUUGUAGGGGCAUUGGGUAGUGAACUACCUUGUGGAGCCUGUCAUAGGACCAUGCUACGUGAUUUCCACUCGGUCCGAUCUCACGCUUUAGAACAUCUUAACCCUAAAACUUUAAUUUGUGGACUCUGUGAACAACGACAUUUAACACUUUGUGGGUUGAUGUGGCAUACCUUAUCUCACAUGUCUAUAUCUGUUUUUUCCUGCUCACUCUGUGCUAGCAGCUUUCUUGACCGCCACCUGCUUGAAAAACACAUGACAGUCCACCAAAGUUUGGAUGAACCAUUAUUCCGCUGUCACCUUUGCUCCCAGGGAUUUAAGUCCGAAUCAGCCUACCGGCAGCACCUGACUCAGCACCGCUGUGGCAGUAUCCCAGCAGAACGUCAAGGGUUCUCAGACUAUCCACAAAUGCAUAUGGCAUCUUCAAAGCGAAAGGUACCAGAGGAUUUUGCAGUUGAUGACCUUUCUCUCAGUGGACAGACAGGUCACAGUAAAUACACAUGCAAAGUUUGUGGUAAAAGUUUCUCUCAUACCAGUGAGUUUAACUACCACCGGCGCAUUCAUACUGGGGAAAAGCCUUACCAGUGCAAAGUGUGCCACAAAUUCUUCCGUGGCCGUUCAACCAUCAAGUGCCACCUGAAGACUCAUGCAGGAGCCCUGAUGUAUAGAUGUACUGUUUGUGGACACUACAGUUCUACCCUGAACCUCAUGGGUGAGCACAUUGCAGUGCACCGGGGUAACCUGCCUACAGACUUUACCAUUGACCAAACAUUCAUGUACACUAUUCACUCCAAAGAUACAGACAAGAGUGCUGACAGCUGAUGUGUUAUAUUAAGGGAA